UAUAAGCGACCGGCGAUUUUGAGAGGAGCGACCAAUUUUUCCUCCCCCAAUUCUUCAGGAUCCCCACCUGAGACCGGAAGCGGAACCGAGGACUCGAUUGUAGCCUACCCGCCGGCGAGUUCUGUCAUGGGCGGCGACGCGGCGGAGCGCCGCGAGGUCCCCGCGGUGAGCCUGGAGGGCCUGAAGGUGGUCUCCGCCCUGGGGCGCGGGGCCAAGGGGGUGGUGUUCCUGGUCUGGGACGCCGCGCUGGACCAGGCCUGGGCGCUCAAGGUGAUCCUGAGGGACAACCUCGAGAAGAAGAGCGACAAGGAGGCGGCGAGGGCGAGCGGCGGCGGGACGGGGAGCGACGGCGGCGGCGGCGGCGGCAGCGACGGCGGCGGCGACGAGUACCGGAGGAUCGCCUUCGAGCAGGAGGUCCUGGGGCUGUUCGACCACCCGCUGCUCCCGAAGCUCCGCGCCGUCGUGUCGGCGGAGAGGAUCGUCGGCUACGCCAUCGAUUACUGCCCCGGCCGUGAUCUCAACUCUCUCAGGAAGAAGCAGACGGAGAAGAUGUUCUCCGACGACAUCAUCAGGUUUUACGCGGCGGAAUUGGUUCUCGCGCUCGAGUACUUGCACGGCUUGGGGAUCGUGUACAGGGACCUGAAGCCGGAGAACGUGAUGAUCCAAGAGGACGGCCACAUAAUGCUCGUCGACUUCGACCUCUCCACUAAACUAUCUUCGAAAUCCGCCCAAUGCUCUCCGAUCGCCGCCGACCGGACGCCCAAGCCGCAGGCGGCGAAGUCCAGGAGGCGAUUCUCCCCGCUCCACGGAUGCUGCCGCUCGGGCAUCUCGCCGGACGACUCGGACCGUUCGAGCAGGCCCGGCCCCAACUCCAUCUUCCCGGCCGAGUCGAACCCGGCGGCGGCGGCGGCGGGGAAGUCCAACUCCUUCGUCGGGACGGAGGAGUACGUGGCGCCGGAGAUCAUCCUGGGGGGCGGCCACGACUUCGCGGUGGACUGGUGGUCGCUGGGGAUCUUCCUCCACGAGAUGCUGUACGGGACGACCCCGUUCCGCGGGUCGAACCGGAAGGAGACCUUCUACCGGAUCCUGACCAAGGAGCCGGACCUGGUGGGCGAGACGACGCCGCUGCGGGACCUGAUAAGGCGGCUGCUGGAGAAGGACCCGGGCCGGAGGAUCGGGCCGGAGGGGAUCAAGGGCCACGAGUUCUUCGCCGGGGUGCGGUGGGACACGGUGCUGCGGAUCCAGCGGCCGCCGUACGUCCCCCUGGUGGAGGAGCUCGAGGUGAGGGGCGGCGGCGGCGGCGGCGGCGGGUUCGACGUGGUGGGGUUCGUGGAGGGAAUCUUUGGGAGUGGAGGAGAGGGCGAAAGGAAUAAAGAGGAGGGCGAGAAUAAGGUAAAGGACGGCGAUGAGGAGGAAGAAGACGGGAAUAACGAUGCGAGCAAGAAGGCUUGGGUCGAGGAGCUGAACGAGCGUUCCUCCAAGGCUGCUAAUGAUUUUUUGGUUUUCUAACUUUUAGACAUUCUUUUCCCUCCUUCGAAUGAUACGAAGCAAUUUGUAUAUAGAAAGGCUACGACCAAUAGAUUUUGCCGAAUUCGGAUCGGUAUCUUUCGUAUGGUGUUAGUGGCGGCAGUGGCCACUUGGCUCGAUGCUCUGUUCUCUCUGCUCUGGAUGGAACUUCCCGAUGGCAUCGUGACACGACGAGGAUGUGUCUUUGCCGAAUAUGGCGAUCGUCAUAGGUUAUCGCGAUGAAUUAUCGUUCGAAUGUUUAGUGCCUAUGGUGCUGAGCAAGUGUGGAGGAUGUGUGCUUUGCAUCUAAAACAUUACUACAACAAGGGCAUCGCGCCAGCAGAGAGAGAGAGAGAGAGGAGUACGGUUCCUCGCAACGACAACGACGUACCAUAUCAGAAAAAUUAGGGUUACCACACGGUGGUCCCGCCCGACGUAGAACCUCCAGACCAGAGGCCGCGAGCAGUUUUUUAAAGUAGCUCUUUGUCGU